AACGCUCUUAUAAAAACAAGUAGCCGCUGUUUAGAAAAUUCAGUAGCUCCACAACAGCAGCAACGAGAAAGGCAUAGCAAUCUGGUGCUGUAACGUCUUAAUACUACUGAAAUUCAAAGUGCAAAGUAGCUGGCAGCGAGCUGAUAAGAGCGGCUUGAACAGGGAAAGGCGCCAAAGCAAUGGGGACAUUUAAUUUAGCAGCCUUUUGUCUAGUUCUGAUUCUGUGGCUACCCCAUUGCAUGGCUAUGGGCAAUAGUUGCUCGGCUUCAGUGCUGGAGGCCCGCAGGUUUUUCGAGCUGGAAAAUGAGGAAUUACGGAAGCGUUACCACGAGGAGUUCCUUUCCGGUUAUAACUAUAAUACCAAUGUCUCGGAAGCGAACCGACAGGCCAUGAUCGAAGUGUAUGCCCGAAAUGCGGAGAUUAAUAAAAAACUGGCUCAAAGGAUAAAGGCCGCCGAUUACGUGCAGUCGGAGGAUGCGGAUAUUCGUCGACAGGCGGAACACCUCUCCAAACUGGGAGCCUCCGCCCUGAAUGCCGACGAUUAUUUGGCUCUUCAGAAUGCCAUUAGUUCGAUGCAGACAAACUAUGCCACGGCUACCGUGUGUUCCUUUACCAAUCGCACUGAUUGCUCCCUUACGUUGGAACCGCACAUCCAGGAGCGGCUGUCGAACAGUAGGGAUCCUGCCGAACUGGCCUGGUACUGGCGGGAGUGGCACGACAAGGCCGGAACGCCUAUGAAAGAGCAUUUUGCGGAGUACGUAAGGCUGACGCGCAAGGCAUCUCAAUUGAAUGAUCACCGCUCAUAUGCCGACUACUGGGUGCAAUUCUACGAGGAUCCCGACUUUGAGCGACAAUUGGAUGCCACAUUUAAGCAGCUGCUGCCCUUCUACAGACAGAUCCAUGGCUACGUUCGUUACCGUCUGCGACAGCACUACGGUCCGGAUGUGAUGGCAGCAGAUGGAAACAUUCCGAUAAGUCUACUGGGCAACAUGUGGGGUCAGUCGUGGAACGAGCUGCUCGAUCUGUUUGCUCCCUUUCCCGAGAAACCCUUCGUGGACGUAAAGGCUGAAAUGGAGCGACAGGAAUACACGGUUCAAAAGCUCUUCGAGUUGGGGGAUCAGUUCUUCCAGUCGCUCGGAAUGCGAGCACUGCCGCCAAGUUUCUGGAAUCUCAGUGUACUUACCCGGCCUGACGAUCGUCAGGUGGUUUGCCAUGCCUCGGCCUGGGACUUUUACCAGGACAGUGAUGUGAGGAUCAAGAUGUGUACCGAGGUGGAUAACCACUACUUCUACGUGGUUCACCACGAGUUGGGACACAUUCAAUACUACCUGCAAUACGAACAGCAGCCGGCUGUCUAUAGGGGAGCUCCUAAUCCCGGCUUCCAUGAGGCUGUGGGAGAUGUUAUCGCCUUGUCGGUUAUGUCUGCCAAGCACUUGAAAACGAUUGGACUUAUUGACAAUGGCAGACUGGACGAGAAGAGUAGAAUCAACCAGCUCUUCAAACAGGCUCUCUCUAAGAUUGUUUUCCUGCCCUUUGGAUAUGCCGUUGAUAAGUAUCGCUAUGCCGUUUUCCGCAACGAAUUGGACAAAUCUCAAUGGAACUGCGGCUUCUGGCAGAUGCGUUCCGAGUUUGGCGGUGUCGAGCCACCAGUUUUCCGCUCUGAAAAGGACUUUGACCCGCCAGCCAAGUAUCACAUUGAUGCGGAUGUGGAGUAUCUGCGCUACUUUGCCGCCCACAUCUUCCAGUUUCAGUUCCACAAGGCCCUCUGCAGCAAGGCCGGACAAUAUGCUCCGAAUGAAAGUCGCCUGGCAUUGGACAACUGCGAUAUCUUUGGCAGCAAAGCUGCGGGUCGAUCGCUUAGCCAGUUCCUCUCGAAGGGCAAAUCUCGCCACUGGAAGGAGGUACUGGAGGAGUUCACGGGCGAGACGGAAAUGGAUCCAUCCGCUCUAUUGGAGUACUUUGACCCGCUCUACCAGUGGCUCAAGCAGGAAAACAGUCGGUUAGGCGUCCCUCUGGGCUGGGGACCUACAAGCAAAAUCCCCUCGGAUUGCUGUGGAACAUUCAGCACCUAGACUGAACCAUCCAAAACUCGACUUGAGGUUGAAUUGACCCGCAAAAAUAAUGUUUUAAGUCUGUCAUUAGAAACAAACAAAAAAUAAAAAGUUUUAAGAAAUCUAUAAUUAA